AAUCGGUUCCCGGCUGCCCUCCUCCUCCUCCUCCUCCUCCUGCUUCGGCGGCUUUCUCCUGCUGGCUCUCUCUCUCUCUUUUUUCCCCCCUUCCCCCGUGCGUGCGCUUGGUGCCUGUGCGCGUCUCGUCGUCGUUCGCCUCGUUCUCUCUCCCUCCCUCCCUCCUUCCCUCCCUCCCUCCUUCCUUCUUUCCUUCCCUCCCUCCCUCCCCAUUUAAAUUUUGAUCGAAGAGAUUCGCUUCGUCCAUAAUUGAUCCGAUUUGGUUGGUGGUUCGCGUUUUAAUCGUCGAUCGAUCGCCUUAGAGCCAGCCAGCACCUUCCUUCCCCCCCCCUCCCCCCCCCCCCCCCCCCCCCCAAAAAAAAACAAACCCCAGUCCGCGCAAGAGAACGACGUCGGGAAGGAAAAGGGGAUGAAGGCGCUUCUUUGAACGGCCACCAUGGAAGGAUCUAGCACUUCCAGUUUUGGAAUAGACACGAUUUUGUCUAAUCCCAGGUCCGGCAGCCCGGUUAUGAUGAACGGGGACUUUCGGACGGCCCACGGCGAGGCCAGGGCGGCGGAUUUUCUCAACCAGGCCACUCCGUCCCCUUGUUCGGAAAUAGACACGGUGGGCACGACUCCCUCCUCGCCUAUCUCGGUCACCGCAGAGCACCCCGAGCAGCAUUUGGCGCAAGAUGGCCUGUCGCCUCAGCAUCACCAUCUUCACCACGGCCAACAUCCAGAGCAGCAACAGCCAAAAAGUUUGCAGCCGUCGCCCCAGCAACAACAACAGCAGCAGCAACAGCAGCAAUUGGGUUCCUGUAGCUCGGCCCCCAGGACUUCCACGUCGUCUUUUUUAAUUAAAGACAUUUUGGGAGAUAGCAAACCGCUGGCCGCGUGCGCCCCUUACAGCACCAGCGUCUCCUCUCCCCAUCCCACCCCCAAACAAGAGAGCAACUCGGUCAACGAAAGUUUCAGGCCAAAACUGGAGCAGGACGACAACAGAACCAAACUGGACAAACGCGACGAUACCCAGAAUGAGCUGAAAUGCCACGGGGCAAAAGAAGAAGGGGAUCGCGAGAUUUCCAGCAGCAGGGACAGUCCCCCGGUGAGGGCGAAGAAGCCUCGCAAGGCGCGGACUGCCUUCUCCGACCAUCAGCUCAACCAGCUGGAGAGGAGCUUCGAGAGGCAGAAAUACCUGAGCGUCCAAGAUCGCAUGGACUUGGCAGCUGCCCUCAAUCUGACCGACACCCAGGUCAAAACCUGGUAUCAAAACCGGAGAACCAAGUGGAAGCGGCAGACGGCGGUGGGGCUGGAGUUGCUGGCCGAAGCUGGGAACUACUCGGCUCUACAGCGGAUGUUCCCGUCGCCUUAUUUCUACCACCCGAGCCUCCUGGGGAGCAUGGACAGCACCACGGCGGCCGCGGCGGCCGCGGCCAUGUACAGUAGCAUGUACCGGACUCCGCCUGCGCCUCACCCUCAACUCCAGCGGCCUCUGGUGCCCCGGGUUUUGAUCCACGGCCUCGGGCCGGGGGGGCAGCCGGCCCUCAACCCCUUGUCCAACCCCCUUCCAGGGACCCCUCACCCGCGGUGAAGAAAAUCACUGGGCGUCUCCCUCACCCCGGCUCCCCCCCCUCCUCAACCCCGCCGACAGAUUUCCCCCUCACUCCCCCCGGAGCAGCCAAUCCAGCAAGAAAGGAGCCGAGGCGAGCGAGGGGGCGGGAAAUCCAGCGGUCCUUCUAAUCUAAACCGAGCCGGAGGAGCGACCGGCUCAGAGCGCGGAGACUCUGGAUCCCGUAAGUGACACGUAGCACCGAGUCCCGCCAAGCAGCCCCCGCCGCUUUGCCCGGAGGAGGCGGAAAGGGGUUCAGGAGGCUGGGGGUGGUGGCCGGGAAAAGCCGGAGUGCCAGGCAGGACUCUUGAGGGACAUAAAGAGAGAAAGGACGCCUCCUCCUCUCCCCCACCGCUGCCCAGAACGCAGGAAGACUGAGGGAGAGCGGAGAAGUUGGCACCGAAUUCUCACGAACCUUUUUCUGACUCCGAACUGGCAUUUCCCGGAUCUCUCUGGUCAUUGGUAUAUAUGCUACAUACACAUUUUGAACAGGCUGGUGUGUGAGAAGUGAUAUAUAUUAUUUAUUAUAUGUUGUCCAAAAAGAAAGAAAAGAAAAAGACUUAUAUUCAUUCGUUUUUAAGAGGAAAAAAAAAAAAUCUAAGAAACAAACGAACUCCACAAAAAUAUUCUUUCCCCCGAGGCCUCUCCUUUUCCUUUUAUUUUAAUUUUUUUUUUUUUGCUUUUGCUUUUUUGUUUUGUUUUGGUUCAGUAAAAUAAAUGCUUAGAUGACAACAAGAGUUAACAAAAUAUAUAUCGAGAGCGAGCGAGCGAGCGAAUGAGAUUUUGAUGACUGAAAAUGGCAAAAAAAAAAAAAAAAAAACCGACGGGAAAAAAAAAAGAAAUAAACUUUUAUCUUUUUUUAAACAAACCUGCAGACCCAAACGAGCUAUUUUCCCCUUGAUUCACGCGCUGUUAUUGUUCAUUCCGUAAAAUGGGCCGAGUGUGUCUGGAUGCGUGCGCAUGUCUGCUCCUUUCUAUGCGACGGGUUAGGAGACUUUUAAUCCCCCCCUUUUCCCCGCUCCCUCCCCCAGUCUGCUUGGUUGCUAAAGAGUUUGUUUGGAGGGAUAAAGAAUGGAUUGUAAAGAAGUUU